GUGGCACUGAAGUUCCUCCUCCACCUUAUAAAUUGGUCUAAAAAUAUAUUGUUAGACUGUAAGAGAUCGAGAUGGCUUCGAGAUUCAUAGUGUUGUUUUUCACAGUGUUGGCAGUGAAUGCCCACCCGCCUAAACCUUUUGAUAUCAGAAAGUAUGGUGGGAAACCCGAUGCAAAUAUAGCAAAGGCUUUAUCGAGCGCUUGGAAGGAGGCAUGUGCAGAUACAACUCCGAGCACAGUUGUGGUACCAAAAGGCACUUUCAAGUUGGAUCAAAUAAAAUUAGUAGGCCCCUGCAAAGCCCCCAUCGAGCUUCGAGUCCAGGGCACAAUUGAAGCUCCUUCAGAUUAUACUAAUUUGCCCGACAAGGGCGCCGAAUGGAUCACUGUAAAUUACGUCGACCACUUGACAAUAAGAGGUGGUGGAGUUUUUGAUGGCAAUGGUAAAAAUGCGUGGACCAAGAACGAUUGUGGGAAAAACCCAAAAUGUGCUAAACUUCCAAUAAAUCUCAGCUUCAAUUUCAUCACCAACUCAAUCAUUCAUGAUGUGACGACUAAAGACAGCAAAAAUUUUCACGUCAAUGUGAUAGGGUGUAAGAAUGUUACGUUCCAACGGUUUACCGUGAGUGCGCCGGGUGAUAGUGUUAAUACAGAUGGAAUCCACAUCGCAAAGUCCGAAAGGAUUAAAGUCACAGAUUGCGUCAUCAAAACCGGAGAUGAUUGCAUCUCCAUUGGUGAUGGCAUGAAAGAACUCCAUAUCGAAAAGGUGACUUGCGGGCCAGGCCACGGUAUUAGCGUAGGAAGUCUUGGUAGAGGCGAGACGGAAGAAGAUGUGACCGGCAUUUAUGUCAAGAAUUGCACAUUCAUUGGCACCCAAAAUGGCAUUAGAGUCAAAACAUGGCCUUCUGCCCCAGCAAAACUCAAGAUAACAGAUCUGCAUUACGAAGAUAUUAUUAUGGACAAUGUUGAGAAUCCUAUUAUCAUUGAUCAGGAAUAUUGUCCGUAUAACCAGUGCAAGCUAGGCUCUCCAUCUCUCAUUCAAGUCAAUCAAAUGACCGUAAAAAACAUUAAGGGCACCUCAAAAACUCCGGUGGCAAUGCAGUUUUCUUGCAGCAAAGCCAAACCUUGCAAAAAUGUGGAGAUCGGAGAUAUUGAUCUUGCAUACAGUGGAACCGAAGGGCCUAUCACCACUAAAUGUGCCAACAUCAAGCCUACUUUCGUAGGCAAACAGAAUCCACCAAUCUGUGCUGCUUAAAUCAAUUUUGUAAUAAGGAUGUAAUUAAUAAUGUCUCUAUGAAAUUAACAGAGACAAGUUUAGUUAGCGGCCACGAGUAUCUAAACAACCAAUUUUGUGUAUGGAUGCAUGAUUUGUCAACACAUGAACUGUUCAUGUAUUCCAGAAUAAUUAGAUUAGAAUAUAUGCAAUUUGACAUUUUUAGAAAUUAUGUCUUCAUCCUUCUCACUUAAUAUUACUAGCUUCGUUCUUGCGUUU